AUGUAUUAUCUUCUACAAUGCUAUCUCACCACAGAUAUUGAACCACCAACUUUGACCUAUUGCCCUGAAGACAUUACGAUAGAAGAGAUACAAGGCGAUCGGAUCAGAGUAAACUGGCAGCGGGCAACUUUCACCGACAAUUCAGGCGACCUACCGACAAUUAUCUCAAACAGACAAAAUGGAGAUGAAUUCAGCGUUCCUGGUUCCUACGAAAUUGUAUAUACCGCAUCUGACAGUUCUGGAAACACGAACAAGAACUGUACAUUCAGGAUAACGUUGAAAAGUAAGUUGCUACAGAUAUUUUAACGCAAUCAUAAGUAAUUAUGUGUUCGCUCUACACAACAUUUAAAACAAAUCUAUCCGUAGUAUUUGUCCUUUCCAUCAUGCACUUGCUUAGUUAACUAUUUAUUACAAAUUCGAGAAGUGCGUUCGACAGGAAAAGAUGAUGAGAAGGAUGAGAAGGAGAGGGUGUAUGCUGAACGAAUCCUAUUCUCUGACAAUUCGCCAUGUUCUAAUCAAGUGAAAAAAGGGCACGAUAUGCGACGCAAAGCUUCUUGACGUCAGUUGGAUGGACAGCAUGAAAGGAGACAAGCAUCUUUAACUACUUGGAAAACUAUGAAAUAGGAAUAUUUUAAAGAAAGGCCGAGAUUAACGAGUUGACACUGCUAAUUUAGACUGUACCUUUCCAAAAGAAGAAAAAUUGGCAUCGGCCCGGUCAAUUGUUUCACUACCAUUAUCCUGGCUGAGUUUACGGUGUCACUUUUAUUUCUACCCUGUAAACUAACACAGGUUAAAUAUUCAUUGAUGAAAGUUAUGUUGCGAUUGUUUCCUUUAUAGAAAAACAGUGUCCUUUUUAUUCGCCACCCCAAGGUGGUGCCCUGGUCUGCACCAAACAAAAAAAUGCUGAUCAAAUUUGUGCAGUUAUGUGUCCUACUGGCACCGACUUCAACUCUGACACGCCUUUGCUCUACUUUUGUUCAGCUGGAAUUUGGGUUUACCUUGGGAUGCUCUCUUCUGUUCCAUCUUUACCCUGGCCAAACUGUUCUGGUUAGUGCUCUUAAUAACCUUCCCUUUUUUCGUUUUGAGUGCUUUGGAUAUAUUUUAAAGGUUCAUUAAUUAUUUAGAAGGCUAUUAGCCAAUAGGGGUUCCCCAUUUUGAUGAUCAGAUACACAUAUCUUAAUAUCGUAUUGAAAAAGAGAUAAAGCUUAAAGAUACGUCCGAUUUAGUUAACUGAUCAAGAAACUAAUCAACUAAGUUGAAUUUUUUAAGAGCAAAACCUUCAUCAAAAUCAUUUUAAGAAUUUCAAUUCUAGAAAAUUUGUAGUAAACAGCUUUGCUUAAACACAAAUUAUUUACCGAACGACGCCUUUCAACAAGUAGGACCGGAUGAAAACUAGCACUCGCGGUGCUUUUUUUUUUAUCUAGUGGGUCCAUCUCUUCAUCAGUACUAUCCAAUACUGUGCCAGCAACAAAAACAGUUUACCUUUUUGAGUGACAGAUAUAUAUAUGUACAUUAUUCGUGAUAAUGUAAUAAGAAACGGUAACUGACAAAUUGAACUAACCAGUAAGAUCAUAUAAAAGCCAGGAUGACGCUCAAUUAAAACAAUGCUGGAUUUGAAUGAUCAACUGGAUCCGCUUAAUAUAAGGAUUUUCUCAUUUUUUUUCCUUGUUUUUUUUCUUAAUGCAGCUGGGGUGAAUCCUUCAUCGAUAAAGUUGUCGAACCUGCAAUAUCAUUACUAUGAUGGAGAUCCGCAUAAUUCCAACGUCCAGGCCACCAUCAAAGAAAACUUCUACCAGUUGUUAACGUCUCAGUUUGUUCCUCCUUUCUUUUGCCCGAGUCCCCUAAAUUUAUGCCUGAAGGAUGAAAUGUUAGUUACCCUGGGAUCAUCGGUAAAUCACAAACUAAAGCCUGCAUGG